AUGGCUGUACAGGCGCAGUUGUAUUCUGAUAACAUCGGCUUUCCAUUGUGCGGUUCUUUGGAUUUGAUCGACAACAAUGGCCGCGGUUUCAAUCAAUACGGUUUAAGUGUUCAACAACAGUUUUAUCACUUACAACAACUGCAGCAACAGCAGUUUCAGUAUCUUCAAAACCAGCAGCAAAGAAAUCUUGAAUCCAUGAUGUUUAGCCAAAACGAGAUCGAUCAGUUCAUCGAAUUACAGAAUGGGAGGUUGAGAUUGUUGCUGCAAGAGCAAAGGAAGCAACAGUUUGAUGUAUCGGUGAAGAAGAUGGAAUCGAGGGUUUGCGUUUUACUUAGAGAAAAAGACGAGGAGAUUGUAAAGGCGACGAAUAAAUCAAUGGAGCUGGAAAAUAUUUUGAAGAGACUGGAGAUGGAGAGCCAUGCGUGGCAAAGAGUGGCGCACGAGAACGAAGCGAUGGUUUUCUCUUUGAACAACCGGAUCGAAGAGCUACGAGAGCAAGCCUCUUGCCGCUUCAACGACGGCGUCGACGAUGCGGAGUCUUGCCGCGAAUGCGAAGAGGAUGAGGAGAAGAAAGAAGCGAUGGUUUUCCCGGCGGUCGCCGCCGAUGACGACGGAGAAAGAAGAAUGGUUUGCAGAUGCUGCUAUCAUCGACGGUCGUGCGUUUUGUUCCUUCCGUGCAGGCACCUCUGUUCCUGCAAGGAUUGCGCUGUUUUUCUUGAUUCUUGCCCCGUUUGUAGAACAGCCAAGAAAGGUAGCAUAGAGGCAUUGGUUUCCUAGG